AUGGCAUCUGGUGCAGGCCCUGGCAACGAAACCGGUCACGGAGAGAUGGCCACUGGCCAGACAUCGCGGGCAGGGACCGUCUCCGAGGCUCAUGGAGGGCAGACUGCGUCGAGGAUGUCACCCAACCCUCCCGACUUUCAAGGACUGGGCCUCCAUCUCGUCGACCCAGGUCAACGGCCGGAUCACCUGCCCGAGCUGGGCGAGCCUGAUGCGCAUGCGAACAGGGCGUCGCUCCCUACAGCUUGGAAUCACAGCUGGACUGUGAACGACACAGCCCAGAUGCAGUCGUCCAUGGCGCGAAGCCACAGCAUGGCCAAUCACGCUAGCCACAACCCGUCCAGGGGCGACUUCCACUUGAAAUGGAGAAAGAAAGAAAGAAAGGAUCCUGCUGCUGAGGUGCACAAACACAUAUCAGGUCAGAGACUUGUUAGGGAAGGCAGUCUCCAACCCUCCUAUUCCGAAACGGAAACGGAAGAUCGAUCGUUCCAGCAGAAGAAGGCUGAAACAGCCGUUGCAGCUGCAGCUGCAUUUGCACUUGCAUAUGAUGAUGGCUGUAUGGGGGAGGGGAAGGAGUUGGACAAGGCCCCCAACAGGGAUUCUUUUCUUUUCUUCUUUUUCUUUUUCUUUUAUUCCCCACAUAUGUGUGUACCGGGUACGCACGUGGAAACGGGUUUCUGCCAUUUCAGGCCACCCACCCAACUAGAGGUACCUAAACUAGACUACCUUAACCAUUUUUACUCCACAAACAGAGCGAGCUCCGAGCCUAGCCUGACUCCCGCAGAUCAGUCAGAUCAAUCAGUUCAGCAGUGGCGUGGGGGUAUUGUAGCUAGCUGUUCUUCGACAAAUAAUAACCCGUUUCUCCUGCCACACUUAAGUCCAGGUUAUAGUCAGUUUGCCUAUAUACUUGUAGGGAGUCUAUUGAUUGAAAUAAAACAACUAAUUAACUAUUUAUUUGUCACAACUCUUAUGAGCUGCCACUACAGUAAUUAUCUCUGGAUACCUGCUACCUACCUAGAGAGGACAGAAAUCCAGGAGAAAUAG